GGCAGUUGGCAGAGGGUGCUAUGUGCCAGCUCUAAAGUUUUGCUCCUCCUGGCUGCACAACUUCUGCUUCUUCUGGUGAGCUUUUGUGUUGUAAAUGUGGAAAUCCUUGGGGAACAAGCCAAGAAUUUAUGCCUAGCCCUGCUCUUUCUUCUGACAACUUUGUUGCCAAUGCCAUCUUGUCUUUGUGGCUGUUUUGAAGACUAUUAUGUCCAUAAUACAUUUGAAAAGAGUUUUUUGGACUCUGUCUCUUAUCUCUGCCAUAUUAAUGAUAUGGUAUGUGGCAAUCCCCACCCACCCUGUGAUAGAACAUAUAAACUGGAUGUAUUUCUACGAGUAUGAACCUGUUUAUAAGCAGAAGUUUGUCUUCACACUACGCGAGCAAAUAAAGUGCAACGAGAACAACCCAUUUUUGGUUAUUUUGGUGGCUUCGAGACCUGCAGAUGUGAAGGUGAGACAAGCCAUUAGGAUCACGUGGGGCUCUCAGAAAUCCUGGUGGGGCAACCAAGUUUGGACACUGUUUUUACUGGGCCAAGGAGGAGAAAGAGAAGAUGGUUUAGCCUUAUCAAUAAAAGAUGAGAGCAUUCUCUAUGGAGACAUAAUCCGUCAAGACUUCCUUGACACGUAUGACAACCUUACAUUGAAAACAAUCAUGGCUUUCAGAUGGGUGGCUGAGUUUUGUCCCAAUACUAAGUAUAUUAUGAAAACUGAUUCUGAUGUCUUCAUCAACACUGGCAACUUAGUGAAAUUUCUUCUAAAACCAAAUAUUUCAGAAAACUUCAUUACUGGAUACCCCUUCAUUCACAGUUCCUCUUACAGAGGACUUUACAAGAAAAUAUAUAUUUCUUACAAUGACUAUCCAUUUAAUGUUUAUCCUCCAUACUGCAGUGGACUUGGUUAUAUCCUUAAUUCCAGGCUGGCUUGCAGGAUUCAUGAAACGAUGCAUCAUGUCAAACCCAUUAAAUUUGAAGAUGUCUAUGUUGGGAUUUGCUUAAAUAUUCUUGGGGAGAGUAUCAGUAUUCCAGAUGCAGAACUCUUCUUUUUAUACAGAAUUAACUUUGAUAUCUGUAAAUACAAGCACUUGAUCGCAGUACAUGGCAUCUCUUCUCAUGAAAUGAUUAGGUACUGGCAAGAAAUAAAGCAAGAGACUCCAGUUCCUUGCCGCUGAUACCGUCCCAAGUUUUAAAGACUCAUUCGAUUCACUGAGCCUCUAAGAUUGAGCUGCCUUAUCCUCUUCUGGCCUGUUUAAUUUAUACUGUAGGAAUUGCACUGACAUUUAUGUGGACCUUAAAUGUACUUGGGAAGGAAUACAAUGCAACUCUGUCUUCAUGCUAACACCAGUUCACCGUGACCUAUAUUUUUUUGCAAAUGUAUCAGAAUUUAAGUUGUAUGCAUCAACCUGGACAUUUCUAGUUUUGCAGGUUUUGCAUUCUACAAAGGCAUGUGGCAUGAAAUUAAGAUAUGUAUACCAAGGAACAAAUAUAUAUACAAUACUGCUUUAAGCUCUGUUAAGAACCCAUCUGUCUCUUCCUGAUAUAAGCAACAAGAAAAAUGUACUCAAUGUAGCUAUGUUAAAGUGCAUACACUUAUAAGCGAAUACUGUAAAUAUUUGGAAUGAUCACCAUCUCUUGGGUUUUUAGGGGUUUUGAUUUACUUUCUCCCCUAGUAUGUAGUUGCCCUCCCUUGUUUCUUUGUAGUUUAUAGAAGAUGCAAUUAAAAAAAAUCCCCUACGGGGGGCUAAAAAAAAAAGAAGAACCCAUCUGUCUCAAGACUUAGUAGGACACUUCUUGCCACCAUGUUCCUUUUCCCAAGAGAGUCAGGGAACCCUUCCUAUUAAUAGCAUAUGGCCUUAGUACAGAAUUCCUUUUAAAUGGACUACUUUUCUUGCAGGGUGUACAAGAACAAGAAAACAGGGAAGGAACAUAACCACUGCAUGGCAUUUCUGUGUCAAAUGAUGUAUAUAAUCUACUG